UAAGUAGAGAUGUGAGCAAAUGCAGGAGGCAGAUCAUGCAGGAAGAUAGAAUGAUGACGUGGAAUAAGUACAGAUACAGAAGUCUAUGAAACUGAAAUCCUGGUGGUGCGAAAAAGAUCUUAUUUAACAGUGAGUGCUGUAAAGUGCUAUUUCAUGAUGUCAAAGCGAACGGUGCAUUGCAGCAAUGUUCCGCAUCUGAAAAUUGCAACUGCUGUUCUCAUUGUAACUGGUACAAUACUCAUGAUCUUACAGAUUUGGUGUUCCAAAGUCCCAGACAGAUCUGAGAACAGAACAAACCUCAGGAAAAUGCUGCUCAAUAAAGGCAGAGGGUCCUGUCAGCCCAAAAGAAACAUCUUUUUUUUGAAGACUCACAAAACAGCCAGUAGCACCAUCAUGAACAUCCUUCUGCGCUACGGUGAAUUCAACAAUUUGACCUUUGCCUUACCUGUUCGCUUUACGUAUUACUUUUACCCAAAACAUUUUUCAGCCUCGUAUGUGGACAGCUUUUCUGAAAAAGGAAAUAAGAAUUUCAACAUCAUGUGCCAUCAUAUGCGCUUCAGGUUCACAGAGGUUCAAAAAGUAAUGGCAAAUGACACUUUUUAUUUCACUAUCCUACGGAACCCAAUUUCGCUAAUGGAGUCGUCUUUUUCUUACUUUAAGGACAAAGGGCCAUUUGCAAAGGCUAAGAACCUGGAAGACUUUCUCACCAAUACCUCUACAUAUUAUGAUGUUAAAAUGAACAAAAGCCACUUAGCUAAAAACUUAAUGACCUUUGAUUUAGGAUUCGAUCCCAAUGGACUUGACACCAUUAAAAAUGCAAAGUCAACCCAAGGGACAAUAGAUAGAAUCUUUAAACUAGUGCUUAUCAUGGAAUACUUUGAUGAGUCUCUUAUUCUUUUGAAGAAUGCCCUUUGUUGGUCAUUUGAUGAUAUCUUGUCCUUUCCACUGAAUAGGAGAAGUAACACCACCAAGAAAGCCCUCACUUUGCAAACACAAGAGAAAGUGAAAAGAUGGAACAGCCUUGACUGGCAAUUGUAUAUCUAUUUCAACAAUUCCUUCUGGAAACAUGUAAAGAAGUUUGGAAGGGAGCGAAUGCAACGCGAGGUGCGUAUAUUACAAAUGAAAAGGGCUGAGGCUGGAAAAAAAUGUCUGCAGGGUGGUGUUUCUCCCAGUCACUUAAAAGGCACUCAGUUUGGAAUAACCACAAUUCUUGGAUAUAACCUGAAACCUGGAAUUACAACAAACAAGCCCUUGUGUCAUAGACUUAUUAUACCAGAGGUUCAGUAUAGUAAUCUCGUACGUUUCAAGCAAAAAAGAAAACAAACACAAAUUCAUUAUUAUAAAGCCAGAGCAUAACAUGCCAGACUGAUAUUUGUUUCUGUAGUUCUGGAAUUGUUCUAAGGUCUGAUAUAGUGCAAGGGGUUGGACAAUAGUAAAAAGGCAAGGAAUAAAACAUUAAAAAGGCAGGCUAAAGCAAUUCAUUGUCAGUAUUGAUGACUACAAUUUUACAACAUAGAAACAUAGAAGAGUGAAGGCAGAAAAAAGACCAAGUGGUCCA